ACACACACACAAAAGGUAGAAGACCUCAAACAUGAAGUGAACCACCUCCAGUUGGUUGGAGAUUGAAAGACUGGCCAGUAGUUGAUACAACCAGAGAUGAAUGAAGCAGCUCUUCUCCCACUGAUCCAGGCAGGGGAAGGGAGGACAUUGUCCAGAGCAGAGUUUCUCUCGCUGAUGAAUACCUACAACUGCUUCCUGAAGGACCAGAUUCAGCUGCACCUCAGUUACUCACAGGGUGGUGAUGGAGAGGUCGUAGUUGAAGGCUUUCUGAAUAUCUCCUGGGGAGUACGAAGACCCAUCAGGCUGAAAAUACAGGAUGACAAACAGAUGCUUCCCCUUUCUCCUGUGGUCACACCUGACCCCACAAGUCCAGUCAGCCCACUCGGAAACAAGAGGGGUAUGACACGGUGGGGAGAGUACGUUGAUCUUCAUCAGAUAGACGAGAUGGCUGAAACACCGCAGGAAACAGUGGUCACCACUCCUCUACCAGGCCCUGCUGUUUACGAGACCAGCACACUGCGUCCUCUGAGGCCCAAGAACUCAGAGCUGGAGGCGGAGUCAAACCUGUUUCGCUGCAUGAGUGAUGCCUCAUUGGUGAAGAGGAGGAGGGGCAGAGGCAAGUCAAUGGAACAGAGAGAGAAAGAAAGACAACAUCGCUUUUCUAUCAACGGACACUUUUAUAACUAUAAGACCUCUAUCUUCACUCCAUCCUUUGGUACUUCGACUAAAGUUCGUAUUUCUAGCAGGAUGACCACAGACCAGGUCAUUGAACAGUUACUACACAAGUUCAAGAUAGAGAACGAUCCCCAGGAGUUUGCUUUAUACUGUCUUCACCAGAGUGGAGAAAAGAGGAAGCUGAGUAACAGAGACCAGCCCCUAUGGGAGCGCAUACUGCAGGGGCCCUCUGAUGACAUCAUGAAGAUUUUUUUGAUGGACAUGGAUGAAGAGGAAGUCAGCAAUGAUGUAGCCCAGUAUCUGAACUUGGAGCUUCCGAUCCUGGAGCACGUUCUACUGCAAAUCAGAGAAGAGGAGAACAGAGAGAUACAAAGGGUCAUUGGCAAGUACCAUCAUCAGCACAGACUACUUUCCCAUAUGCUGAGCAUUAAGAUGUCACCGCACAUUGAGACCAGUGUCUGACCGCUGCUGAUCUGAAUGACUGACACAAGAUGUGCAGAACUCUGAAGAAGUUUUUAGAUUUUCUUUAAAAUUUUGAACAUGCAACAAUGCAAAAGUCUGGAUUUGAAAUGCAGAGGUGAGAACACUACAUGACAUACUGUUGGCAUUAAAAAAUAAACAACCAAGAAGUAACAAAGUACAUGAUAUCUUUUCAAGCCUUAUGCUUACAAACUUAUGUCAUUUAUGCAAAUUUUGGAAAUUUUGUACAGUAAAAGAUAACAUUGUCAGAUGAUUUUGUAAAUAAUUGUAAAUAAAUAUCAUUCAUGAAUAAAUAUAUAUGACAUGA